AUGGAAGAUAGCCUUGGAGGGAGUUCCUCUAAGGACAACUGCGGCAUCAAGGAACAAGACCGGUUGCUGCCAAUAGCCAAUGUUAGUCGGCUCAUGAAGCAGAUUUUGCCACAGAACGCGAAAAUCUCGAAGGAAGCGAAGGAAACAAUGCAAGAAUGUGUGUCGGAGUUCAUAAGCUUUGUCACAAGUGAAGCUUCUGAGAAGUGCAGAAAGGAGAGGAGAAAAACUGUGAAUGGUGAUGACAUUUGCUGGGCUUUGGCAACGCUAGGCUUUGAUGACUAUGCUGCACCAAUCAGAAGGUACUUGCACAGAUAUAGAGAGAUUGAGGUAGACCAUAAUAACAAGGCCAAUCAUCAAGAAAGAGGGAUCAAUAAUCCUCAAGAGAGGGAUGAACUAUGCAAAUUGCGAUAG